CUACCUGCGCCGCCAUUGCUCUGCUUCAUCUCAGUUCCACCACUCUCGAACAGAAAAUCCCGGACUCUCCCUCCAUCCCUCCCUCCCUCCCUUCUGUCCUCUUUCUCUGUCCUUUUUCUCUCCCCCUCUCUCGUACGCUCCAACCGUCAACCCAAUAAAAAAAUUCAAUCCGAUUCAAGAUCCCAUUUUCCUGGAGAAUUUGUUAUUAGGGUUUAAAGAUUCCAUCUUUUCUCCCUAAUUCAUUUCAAAUCUUGGCGGAUAGAGGUAUUCGUAUACAUCAAUGUCUUACCGGCGGAGCCUCACGACGACGAGCAGUAUAGCUCGACGGCACCAGUACCAUCCAUCCGUCACUCACAUCCUCCGCGACGACGACCGCAAGCAAGAUGUCGUUUCCGAGCAGGCAUCUGCUUCGCCGAUAUUGAAUCAAUUUCUCAACCAGAAGCGGUUUUUUGGAAACAAUUUGAGCAGAGUGUCGGGUUUCGGCGGUGGGUUCGCUCAGGAUAGGAGGAUUUCGAACGCUCUGCUUUCGUCCACUUCGGGAUUCGCGUUCUCUCGAUCCAUGUCGUCAGCUUCGGAGAAGGUUGAGCUGUUGAGUGAUGUAUCGGGAGUUUUAUCCGACACUGGGAUCGAAGGUUUGACUUCUCAGGUACCGGCAAUGAGCGAGGUGGCGGUUGCUGCCGCGGAUUCGUGGUUGCCAGUUAAGGGCUUGCAGUACUUUAUUGAAGCUGUGCAUGUUCACACUGGCUUGAAUUGGUGGGCUGCCAUAGCGAUAACAACUCUUUUGAUUCGGACUGCCACGGUUCCACUUUUGAUUAAUCAACUUAAAGCAACCUCAAAACUCUCUCUCAUGAAGCCUCAACUUGAAGAAUUGAAGCAAGAGAUGCAAGACAGGGGUUCAGAUCGUUCUGCUCAGCUUGAAUUUCAACAGAAAACAAAGAAGCUAUUUAAGGAAUAUGGUGUAACCCCAUUGACUCCAAUGAAGGGACUUUUGAUUCAAGGUCCUGUAUUCAUCAGCUUUUUCCUUGCUAUAGGUAACAUGGCAGAGAAAGUGCCAUCCUUUAAAACUGGUGGCGCCUACUGGUUUCUUGAUCUUACAACCCCAGAUGCCAUGUACGUUUUUCCAGUUUUGGCAGCCAUGACAUUCUUACUGACUGUGGAGUGCAAUCUGCAAGAAGGUAUGGAGGGAAAUCCUGCUGCUGGCACCAUGAAAAAUGUUUCAAGAGGCCUUGCUGUUCUUACAGUUCCAUUUACCAUGAGCUUUCCAAAGGCUGUAUUUUGUUACUGGGUUACAUCCAACUUGUUUUCGCUCUCGUAUGGACUGGUGCUUAAAUAUACUGGGCUGAAGGAGGCCUUGGGUAUUCCUAAACCGCCGCCUUAUACUGCACCCCCUCAAGGAUCACAACCUGCAUUUUCACUAUUAUCCACACUGAAACAAGUCGCUGAAGGGGCUCGUGGCUCAACCUCCUCACCUGGUGACGCAUCAAAGGUUCAAGAUCGAAGUAUAUCAUCUUCGUCGUCAUCAUCAGUUCUUAGUCAAAGGAUUAAAAGUUUAGAGAAGCAAGUGAAGGGAAGAAAGAGAAACAAGAAGAGGUAAUGAGUUUAUCGAUUUUUACAAGUUCAACCAUUACUAUGCGUCUAUGCCCCAUUGAUGGGGAGGGGAGGUUUCAUUGCUUUUUACCCGUUUAAUAUAAUAUUCCUUAAAUCGGCGACUCAUCGGUUCACUUAAUUAGAGAUGAUGGCAUGUAAUUUUUGCUCGGGAAGUUUGAGAAAUUUUUGUGAAAUAUUUUUGCCGGUGAUUCUGUGUACGUCAGCGGGACCCAACAAGUCCACUUGCAUUGUAAAAAUAAAAUGAAAUAAAACUACAGAGAUCUUUUGGUGGUGGUUC